UUCCGUUCCUCCUUCUCCCCAACCUCCAUCAAUGUGUGUCCAACUACUGCCUUUGUCGAUAUUAUUGCCUGACAUCGAAGCGACUGCGCCGUCGCCUCUUUCUCACAACCUUCAGUCUCGUUGUAUCAACGAGAGCAAUGGCAUCCGAGCCCGCCUGCAUAUCCCGCAUCAAAGCCAAUGCAUCACGCGACAACAUCGACCUCACCGUGCUGCCCUUCCUUUCUGAAGCUCUAGAUUCCAUCUCCAACCUCUCCACCAACCCGAUCCCCGCCACAGAACUGCCCUCCUUCAGCAAUGCCUCCAGAAUCGACACUCACACGCACCCCGUCCCAUCCUGGUUCCGCACGCUUCAACCACUCGCAGCAGGCCGCGAAACACCAUCCUGGGAUGCCCUCUCGCACCUCCAGUUCAUGUCCGAGCACUCGAUUGCGCACUCUGUCCUCUGCGUUUCAACGCCACAGGCCAAUGCCUUCCUGGACGAUAAGCUAAAGACCGUUGCGCUCGCCAGGCUGCUGAACGAGUUCGUAGCAGAGCUGGUUCGAGUGUAUCCGGAGCGGUUUAGUUGGAUGUGUGUAACGGCGUUGCCGUAUGUGGAAGAGAGUGUCCGCGAGAUUCGGUACGCGUUGGAAGAACUAGGCUCCGUUGGUGUAGGUGUUAUGACGAAUCACGAGGGUCUAUAUCCCGGCGAGGAGCAGUUCGAUCCGUUUUGGACGUGUCUACAAGAGCGAGCGACGAAAGGUGAUGGGAGGGAGAUUGUGUUCAUUCAUCCUACGGAACCGGUGAUUAGGUUGGACGAUGGGAGGCUGGUGAAUUCAAAGCCAUCUCCUCUCAGAUCCGGACUAGGCGAAUUUUAUUUCGAGACGGCGCGAGCCAUAUCUAGCAUCACUGCAAACAGGACCAUCAUAAAAUAUCCAAACCUGCACUGGCGUGUAUCGCACGGUGCAGGCGCCUUUCCCGACAUCUCGGACCGCUUUCUGCUAGGCUUCCCUAAAGAUGCCGAAGAAGCGCGAAAGCUUUAUGCAAGCCGCUUCUGGUACGACAGUGCAGGGCCAGUGUACCCACGGCAGAUCAAGGGCCUUCUGGCGCACGACGUGCCGGUCUCGCAAUUUGUGUUUGGAACGGACUACCCGUAUGGCAUAGGCUUUUGGGGUGUGAAUGCUAAUAUCGCCAGACUUGCUAAUGCUGACGUCCUCUCCACGGAAGAGAAAGAGGAUGUUUUCCAUCGGAACGCGAAGGGCUUGUGGGAAGAGAAAAUUAAGAGCAUGUAGCCGAUCAUAGGCAUGCUAAAUAAGUCGAUAGUGAGAAGGAAAUCAGUUGGGCCGUGGCUUUCAGUCCACAGUUCUCAGUCGAUGGCUUGACGCUUGAUCGCGGGGGUUCAGGUGUGGGCGCAUAUUCGCUACCAAGCCCUUGAAUCCAUCCUGGAU